GGUCAGAGACUGCAGCAUCUGAGGGCCUCUUCAGAAGAAGACGUAGUGGAUGAAGAUGUUCUGGAGCAGAAAGACCACGACCAAGCAGCCUGGAGGUCUGAGGCAGCGUCUCCCUCAGGUCGUGCAUCUGAUGAUUCAGACAGUCCUGAUUUCGUGCCUUCGGUAUUUCCUCACAGGCGUGACAGUCCCAACAGGGAUCUAUCAAUGGACAUCCCAAACUAAACAUGUGAACACCUUGACCAAUUACUCUUCAGUUUUAUAUGGAGGAACAAAGUCCAUUACUUGAAGAAAGACAUACUUUGUAAUCCAAAAGGAAAUGGGGGGCUAGAUGUGCUCAGUUUUCAGACUGUGAAUAAUGCAUUUAAAAUCAAUUGACUGGCCAAAGAGAAAGAUCAUUUAUGGAAGGCGAUCCCAAAAUAUAUUUUUAAUCAACUGGGGACUAGAAUUUCUGCUAAAAUGUGAUUAUAAACCAGAGAAACUACCCAUUAAACUCAAAUUUUCACAAACAAACCCUUCUCUCCUGGGGGCUGGUUCACAAACGAGGCUUCUCACCAAAAAACUGCACCCUAUGGAAUAACCAAUACAUAAAGUAUCGUAAUAGGUCUUUAUUUAUAAAAACCUGGUUUGACAGUGGAAUAAAAUGGGCAUAUCGGCUCAUUAAUCAGCAAGGUGAAAUAGUCCCAUAUAAUGAGUUCUGUACUGUAUAUAAAACUCCAGUUUCUCUUAAAGAAUAUAUUGAAGUCUGUAAUGCCAUUCCAAGAGGAAUUCUACAACUAAUUAUAAAUUAUUCAAUUAAUAUCCAACACAAGUUAACUGUAAUAAGCUACAUGUAGGAGGAAUCAACGUCAGAGAAAAAACCUGUCCAAAUAAAUAUAUUAGGAAGCUCAUUCAACCCAUAAAAGACCGACUGUGACGGCAUUCUGGAAUACAGUGCACGAGGAAAUAAACUGGGUAAGGCUGUGGGCUGUUUGUAUAUAUAAUAAAGUUAAAGAGGUCUCCUUUAAAAUAUUACAGAAUAUAUACCCUGUUAAGAAAACAUUAGAAAGAUUCAAAUUGGAUAUAGACUAUAAAUGUGACUUCUGUCAGACUGAGAUAGAAACUAUUUCUCAUCUGUUUUAUAACUGUUAUGGUCCCAUAUACAGCAGUUCAUCUAUGAUAAAACCAGAUAUCUGAUCAGCCUCCAGGAGACGGACAUCAUAUUUUAUUCUGAUGAACCAGAUCUGCCCCAAAACUUCUCCUUUUUGGUUCAAACUCUAAUUAUGCUGGCAAAAUACCAUAAACAUAAAACUCAAUGGUCAAAAGCAAAACCAUGUGGACAAUAUUUUGAAAAUGAAAUCUCUGUGUCUUAAUCUAAUAAAAUAUGCGUCUAAUCCAAAAGCUGUGAAAACCUACAAGCAGCCUGUAGUUUUUAAAAUAGUAACUUAAUGAAUCUCAUCAUGUGUUUGUGUCUAUACAUGUAGAUAUGAAGGAAUUGUUGUUUCUACAUAUGUGUGCGUGUUUGCAGAGGUACAUAUCAGUCUGUGGUUCUGUUUUUGUGUGUAUAUGUAUGUUAUAAAUGUGUAUAUAUUAUAAAUGUACAUAUCAGGGAUGCAAAGAUUGAGUAACACAAUUAUUGAUGGUUGCUUCAUUUUAUCAAUCGAUGAUCCAUUCAUUGAUAAGAGGCAAUUUUUCUGAGAAGCUGAACUCCCUUCUGAGUCUAUGCAAUUUUUUAUCAAUGUCUGAUAAAUGAUUGUUUAAUAAUCAAUAGUUUGCAGCCCUAGUACACAACCAUAUGUGUUGUUUCCAACCCCCCCGGCAUGUAUGUAUGUGUGUAUGCAUUUAUACAUAUAUUUCCCCUUUUUUUUCUUCUUUCCCUUUAUUUUUUUUCUUUCUCUCUUUUCAGUUUACCUUCUUAUUACCGCCCAGCAAACAUCGUUUUCCAGAAGUAGAACGGGGCCUGUCCCUUUAACGCCCCCCCCAGCAGCUGCAGCAGAAGAAGGCCAGCUGGUGUAUUUAUAGAGUCCCUCAGACCGUCUCAGUCCUCCACCUCCAGACCUCAGCCUCCGUCCGUCAUGCCCAGCAACCAGGCCCGGUGCCGGGCCAGAGACCGCAACAACGUUCUGAACCGGCCCGAGUUCCUGUCCCUGAACCAGCCCCCCCGCAGGGAGCAGGCCGGGGAGACCCGAGGGGUCGCCGGUCCCAGAAGAUCCAUGACCAGACAGCCGAGUCAGCAGGACGACACCGGGGGGAGGUCCCGUGACUCGUCUGAGGGGCCGGCCCCUGACGGAGCCCCGCCCCCAUCCCGCUACCCGGAGCAGGACUGUAUGCAGCUCAACCCCACGUUUCGAGGCAUCGCCAUGAGCUCUCUCCUGGCCAUCGACAUCAGCCUGUCUAAGCGUCUGGGCGUGUGCGUUGGGGCCCGGGGGGGCGGGGCCCCGCUGCACUCCAUGGUCACCUUGCUGGCCCUCACAGGCCACGCCCUCACCUGGAUCUGUGGGACCCUCAUCUGCCUCUGGAGGAGUAACACGCUGGCUGGACAGGAAGUCCUGGUCAACCUGCUGCUGGCGCUGCUCCUGGACCUGAUGACGGUUGCUGGGAUGCAGAAGUUGGUGAAACGUCGAGGACCGUGGGACUUCCCUCCGGGGUUUCUGGACUACGUUGCCAUGGAUACGUAUUCUUUCCCGGCAGCCCACGCCAGCCGAGCCGCCAUGGUGUCCAAGUUCCUGCUGAACCACCUGGUCCUGGCGGUGCCCCUCCGGAUCCUGCUCUACCUGUGGGCCUUCCUGGUGGGCGUGUCCCGGGUGCUGCUGGGGAAGCAUCACCUGUCGGACGUAGGCUGCGGCUUCGCUCUGGGCUUCCUGCAUUUCAGCCUGGUGGAGUCGGUCUGGUUGGACUCGGCCACCUGCCAGACCCUCAUCUCCAUCGGCACGCUGCGCUGGACGCCACUGGUGUAGAACCGGUUCAGACUGGUUCAGAAUCGGUUCAGACUGGUUCAGACUGGAUUCACGCUGCGGCUGAAUCCAGUCUGAAGUCAACAGCACGCUGCAGGGGACAACUGGUUCUGACUGGUCCAAACUGGUUUAGACCACUUUGGAUUGGUCCAUUCUGAGAAGAUGAUCCAUUUCCAGCAUGGACUGGUUUAGACUGGUUUAGACUGAUUUAUGGCUGCUAUUAAAUCUUCUUGUCUGCUCUGGAUGGGUUUAAACUGGUCCAGACCGCUUCAGAUUGGUCCAUUCUGACACAACGAUCCAGUUCCAGUCCAGUCGGUUCAGGUUUGUCUGUCCCUGUUUGGACCACUUCAGACUGGAUUUGAUUUGUCUGAGACCGUUCUAGUUCAGUCUGGACUGGAUUCUGCUACCUGGUUUAGAUCUCUUUGGACUGGAUUUCUUCCAUAAUGAUCCAGUCUGGUCCGGACCGGUUCAAACUGGUCCUGCUGGAUUCCUCUAGCUGUACUACUUGUUUAGACUAGUUUGGACUGGUUUAGAUCGCUGUAAGGCUGCCAUUAGCUGCUCUAGUCCAGUUUGAACCAGUUAAAGCUGGUCCUGUUGGAUUCUGCUGCCUGUACUGUAUUCACCUGUCCGUGGUUCUGACCGGUCUGGGCUGGUUUAAACUGGUUUGAGUGACUGUAAAGGAGCUUGUCUUACAGUCAUGUGUUGUAGGAGGUCUAGGUGUUUGGACUGGAAUGGACCGGACCGGGUCAGAUGGAGGUUUGUGUCUCUGCUAUCAAACCUCCAGACGUGUUUUCGUUUUGGCUGUCAUCUGAUUGGCUGUGAAUCAAAGGUACAGUUUGGACUUUUCAGAUGAAGUCGACAUCUGUCACCGUUAUGUUGAAGAGAUGUUUUUCACAAUAAGAGUUAAAUUAACUCCGCAGACAAUCAGCGAAUAAAAACUAGAUUUAAAGUGACGAAUGGAUGAAUUUAUUGGAGGGAAAGCUUUAAUGUUGGCUGUGGAGGAAACAGCUUCAGGUUUUAAGCUUCUGUUCGGCUGCUUGUGUUUCUUUUGUUCAAUGAGGAAUAAGAAGUUGUGAGUUUGUAAUUGUUUAGUUUUGGUAUCGGAGCUGAAACUCUGGUCUAUUUUCAGACAUGUUCUAGUUUACAUCUUCAGUGUUCUGCAGGUUCUUUCCUCAUCGUUUCCUGAAUAUCAGCUGCUGUUUAUUUCCAACAGUUUAGUGCUCAUUCAUUAGACGGAAGUUACUAAAUCCACACAACACAGCUCUAAUUCAGGUUCUUAAAGUCCCCUUAAAAUAAAAUUUGUUGCACAAAACAUCCUUAAGAUUCCCUGAAUACGUUCGGAGUGUUUCAGGCGUUCUUCUGUUCUUGGGGGAAGGAAUCCCUUCAAGUUUGCACAAAAGCCUCAGAAACCAAAGUAAGAAGAAGCACCAGGUAUUUCUGAUGUUUUACUAAAUGAACACUUCCAGACUUGUUUUAAAUCUAAUUUCCUCCCACAUUAUUUAUCUUCUAUAACUUGUGGAUCAAACUUACUCUUUUUAUUCCUUCAUGUUUGUUCUCCUUCUGCUGACAUUUUCAUGAUAUCAGGCGUCAGAAGAAGAAAACUGCCCACUUCUCCUGCUGUUAAACUUUCUUCAGUAAAUCCUUUAACUUAAGAAAGCUUCGUUGCAGAACGUUUAAUGAAAAAUGGAAUUUAAAGUUUGGUGUUUGGGAGUAAACUCCUGCUGUGUUAAAUAUCAGAUAAUAAUCGGGAACAAUCCGACUAUCUAUGCAAAUACCUUUAUACUGAAGCAGAAUCGAGUUUAAGAUGUAAAAAACAACAAAGAUGUGAGACUGAUCUCCGUCUGUAUGCAGACGAUUAGUCUUGUUCCUGGUUUCUCUUUUAAACACCUUAAACUCCAGUUUCCUUCUUCUUUUGCUAGUUUGCAGUCGACAGUAUUCCAGAUAAAAACUUUGAUGUAAAUUAGGGAGACUAGUCACCUAGUUUAACGUUAAACCUGUUAACCUGACAGUGAAACGAGUCACUGGAAUCAUAAUGAACAAACUGAACUCUUAAUUCUGAAUCAUUUCUUGAAAACUCAAACACGACAAGCGUAAACUAACUUUCUGUUUCACUUCCUGUCUUACUUUGAAACUUCCUGUGAAGUUGAGAACAACAGCAGCUGAUCUGAAAGAGAUUCUGAGGAAAGUUUCCUGAAAACUGAAGCAUCUAGUUUGGAUUCAUGGAAUGAGAAGAGACUGAAACAGGAAGUGAGGAUUCAAACUAUGCACCUGUUCUGUCUGUUUGAAUAAAAUCUAUUUUCAGCGA